AUGUCUACCUUCAUCUCUUCCCUGCGCCCGAACCUGAGCAUGAGCCUGGCCAGCAUCCCCCGGUACGCCCGCACCUUCAGCACCUCGCCCAACUGGGCCAUCGCCCGCCUGACCCUCACUGGCCGCCUCGGCGCAGAGCCCGAGCUCCAUGCCACCUCCUCCGGCCAGGAGAUCAUCAAAUACACCAUUGCCACUUCCCACGGCAACCGCGAGAACCGUCAGACCAGCUGGUGGCGCAUCGUAAACUUCGUCCCCGAGGGCGGCCAGCGCGAUUUCAUCCUUGGCUUGCAGAAGGGUUUGGGUCUGCGUGUGCAGUCUAUGCGGAUCGCGAGCGAGAGCGAGAGCUUGCGCUUGAAGGCUGCAUGA